AUGCUGGCCUCAACAUCAGUCGCAGUUUCGAGCUCGAAGCGAAAGCCAGCACCCACUGCCUCAGGCUCCAAAUCCAAAAAGCCCAAAUCCUCCUCGACCGCCACGACCGCCACGAAGGAAGACGCCUCGAUACCUCUAGGCAAAGCCCUAGCCUCAACCGAAAAACGAAUUCGCGAUUCCGCUGUCCGAUCCCUGCAUUCCUUCCUCGCCACAAACGGAGCACAUACUAUCCCCGAACUCGAACUGCAGAAGCUGUGGAAAGGUUUAUUCUAUUGUUUCUGGAUGAGUGAUAAACCUCUUAUUCAACAACGAUUGGCUAACGACCUCGCACAGCUUGUCCUUGUACACCCCUCUUGCUCUACCUCUUUCACUUCCUCUACUUGCACUACCUCGCCUGGCGAAGAGGGAGGGAUGUCCGAGCGAGCUCUAGCAGGAUUGAAAUUCCUCGAAGCAUUCUGGGAUACAAUCGUCUCAGAGUGGGGAGCGCUGGACAAACAUCGUAUCGACAAAUUUUAUCUUUUGGUUCGAAGAUUCGUUGCUUCCGGAUUCCAACUCUUAGCUGAAGAAGGAUGGAAUCUUGACGCAACUCGACGCUUUGCGCAGAUCUUGGGCAAGUUCCAAGGGGGAGUACUCAGUACCAACGAUCCAAAGGUGCCUGAUAGCUUAACCUACCACCUGUCGGAUAUCUAUUUGGAUGAAUUGGAGAAGGUUAUUGAACAAGUUGACAAUUCACAGAACGAAGAAGAGAAGCAAGAGCAAGAGCAAGAAGAGCAAGAGCAAGAAGAGCAAGAGCAAGAAGAGCAAGAGCAAGAAGAGCAAGAGCAAGAAGAGCAAGAGCAAGAAGAGCAAGAGCAAGAAGAGCAAGAGGAUUUGCCAUUGAUUCCAACUUUGGAGUUGUUGAAACCAUUUGUGGAUGCAUUGGCAACAGCAAAGUCAAAAGCCAUGUACGAAAGGAUUUGGAGUAAUGUUUUCCGUCCUUUGCUCGAAGAUACUCUUCGUGCUUCUGCUAAAGAACACGAGGACCUUGUCUCGGAUGACCAAGACCAAGUCGAACGCCCAGCAGAAAGCGAAGAAGAGGAGGAGGAAGGAGGGGAUGAAACAGCUAAUGGAACCGAAUUCCACAGUUUCGCAGACGAACAAACCCUCAACUCCGAAUCCGAAUCCGAAUCUUGCAUUCCAGAUUCCGACUCUGACCAAGAGGAUGAGGAAGCGGAGGGAGAAGACGAUGUCAAACACCCACUCCUACUAGCUCUUUCAGCCGUACCCAUACCAUCAGCUAAAGAGCAUGUAGAAGAGGAGGCAGAGGUGGACGUAGCACUCUUAUUAAGAAAAGCAAUUUUCCAGGCAUUGUUCACUGCAGCAAGUAGGAAAGAUGCAACGGAAGCGAGAAGGAGGUUGCUCUAUCAGUUGUGGAGGGAUGAACAGGAUCGAUUAAAUGAAAAGGCCGAGGAGGAAAGUGAAGAAGAAGAAGAAGAAGAAGAAGAAGAAGAAGAAGAAGAUGAUGAUGAUGAUGAUAAUGAUGAUGAUGAUGAUGAUAAUGAUGAUGAUGAUGAUGAGUGA